GCAUACUUCAUGCACUCCAUAAUGCACCGCAUAGCAGAAGCCAUGAAUCAGGGCUAUAGCAAACUACUAAUCUUGACUACGUCAUCCCUCGCACCGGCGUUUAUUGGGAAAACACGGCCGGGGAUAUAUUGAUGAUGAUGCAACUCUCGGCGUUGGAGCGCACGCAGGAUAACUGGUAUGACUUGAUCGAGGGCAACGGGCAACGGGCUUAAGCUGGUCAAGAUUUGGAGGUGCAGUGACACGGAUAUGGAGAAUCUCAUUGAGUGUGAGCUGGCUUAGGUGA